AUGCGUGUUACCACUUUUAACACAUUCCUUCUCACUUUGGGAACUGUCGCUGUCGUCAAUGCCGAAACGGGCAACAAAUAUAUAGAAAAACGCGCUAUCGACCUAAGUCGAGAGCGAGACCCUAACUUUUUCGACAACCCUGGUAUUCCUGUACCCGAAUGUUUUUGGUUUAUGUUUAAAAACAACGUACGUCAAGAUGAUGGAACCUGUUACAGCUCUUGGAAAAUGGACAUGAAAGUUGGUCCAAACUGGGUCCAUAUUAAAUCAGACGAUAAUUGCAAUUUGUCGGGCGACUUCCCUCCAGGUUGGAUUGUUUUGGGGAAAAAAAGGCCCGGCUUUUAA